UUUCUUUUAAAUUUGGGGUAAUAAUAUUGUUGAUAACAAAUCAACAAAAUACCUUUUGAUUGACGCUUUUUGAUAAAAAUAUCCAAACAGAAUUUCACUCAGUUUCAAUAUUUUGCGCGAUUUAUUUUACGAGUGACAAUGGACGUAUAAAUUUAGGUUCAAACUUGAGACUUUCUCUUCACAAACUAGUGUUUUCAAAUCGAUGUUUUUAUCAUUCAAAUUGAAAACUAAAACCUUGGCGGACGAGCGAAGCUUUACAGUCCAAGAUGUCACUGGGAUGGGACAGCUUGCCACUUCUUCCACUGAAGUGCGUUUUGGAGCACCUCAGCACGGAGGAUGCUUUGGCAGCCAUGUCGACCUGCCGCCAUUGGCGCACAGGCCUCCUGCUGUAUGAGGGCCACAAGGAGACAUUGAAGCUCAGCGCUAAGAGCCUAGACAAGGACAUGUUUCUGACGAAGCUAUUCAGGAAGCACAUUAAACAACUCCACAUCUACCUGGAGUGCAAUGAGGAGCAAUUGGAGAAGUUCCUCAACUAUGUCCUGCCGCAGUUUUUUGAUGCAGUGAACCUCCAGGAAAUACUAUUCAUAGGGCCAACUUACAUACAGCUAAGUCAACACGUAGCAAUUAAGUUGAAACGAAUCGUGACUGAGAGUCUAGUCUUCAAACACCUACACAGCCUGAAGAAACUAGGCUUUAUGGGAUGCGAAUUGGUUGUGAAGAACGAAAACGAAAAAUACACACACAGAAAUGUAGAGUACUACCCGCGUUCACCGCUGCUUAGCAACACGCCGCCAGCCGACGCCAUCUUGCGGUGCGAUGUCAACAUGAUGAAGUUCUCAACGUUGCAACACAUAAUCGUGGACUACGAUCAAAUAAACACAGAGGCGAUCGAAACUCUGUCCAACUUGAGCAAGUUGUCGUACUUGUCGUUGAACUUGUUCGGCAACACGAGCAUCAGACCGUUGCUUUGGGCGCCGCUGAAGGAACUCUUCCAAGGCCGGCUCAGCGUCGCUGUUAAUAUUAUAUCCUUGCCAUACAGAAAGUUUCAUGAGGUUAUAGAAAAUGUUCUAGUCGAAGGAUUACCUUUAAUAUCGCUGAAAGUUAUGUUUUGUAAAACGAUCUACGUGCCGCUGAUCGAGCACGUGGUGCGCAAGUACCACGCGCUGCAGGAGAUGGUGUGGGCCGACUGUCCCGCGCACUCUGAGGGUCGCGCCAUACUGUGCCGCCAGAGCAACUUGGACAUGUGUGAAAUCAAUCCGUUCAUGAUGGUGUGCUGGCAGUGCCCGAAUCUACAAAGGCUCGCCAUACACGGUUACUGGCUGUGGCAAUACGACGUGGUCGGUUUCAUUCGCUUGCGCAGUUCGAUCCGCCAUCUUGAGAUAUCGUCCGUGUACGACAGGACGGAGCGGCUGAUGUUCACCCGGUCGUAUGGAGUGGCCUACAGGGUGCUAGUGGGGGACUCGCCUGUCCAGCCGAACAGGAAAUUUAUGUCUCAAGUGAACGAGUUCUCGGACUUCCGACACGAGCCGUGCAACUGGAGCACGCUGCCCGCGGGCCUGCGCGCGCGCUGCAGCGCGGAGCAGCGCGCGCGCUACGUCACGCGCGAGGUCACCGCCGCGCCCCCGCGGCUACACUAACUGCAGCGCGGAGCAGCGCGCGCGCUACGUCACGCGCGAGGUCACCGCCGCGCCCCCGCGGCUACACUAACUGCAGCGCGGAGCAGCGCGCGCGCUACGUCACGCGCGAGGUCACCGCCGCGCCCCCGCGGCUACACUAACUGCAGCGCGGAGCAGCGCGCGCGCUACGUCACGCGCGAGGUCACCGCCGCGCCCCCGCGGCUACACUAACUGCAGCGCGGAGCAGCGCGCGCGCUACGUCACGCGCGAGGUCACCGCCGCGCCCCCGCGGCUACACUAACUGCAGCGCGGAGCAGCGCGCGCGCUACGUCACGCGCGAGGUCACCGCCGCGCCCCCGCGGCUACACUAACUGCAGCGCGGAGCAGCGCGCGCGCUACGUCACGCGCGAGGUCACCGCCGCGCCCCCGCGGCUACACUAACUGCAGCGCGGAGCAGCGCGCGCGCUACGUCACGCGCGAGGUCACCGCCGCGCCCCCGCGGCUACACUAACUUGCGGGUAUGGCGUAUUCCUUAUUGAGCGUACACACGCAGCGCCUCGGGGAAGUUGUGACCAGCAGUACUGUAUGAGAGGAGGGGGGGGGGGGGUAUUGACUUGUACGCUGGCGGUUACAUUUUAAAACUAUUACAUCAUAUCACACGAUCUCACACAUUCUUUAUACAUUGGAAUUCCCUAUACCCAGGGCUGCGCCAGCUAUGUGCAGCAUGAGGUUACCUCUACAUCGUCUUAUCACACACGCAGGGGGUCACGUAAGUUGACGUGCAGUAUAUGUGAUAGAUGGUAUAGAGCUUAUGCUCUGGUAGUUUGCAUUUAAGAACGUUGUUCUUGUCGGUGGAGCAGGCCUCCAUUUACAUUUAUCUCCUGCCAUCGAUUUUAGUCCUCCAAUAAUUCGAUGCUAAAUCCAAUUCUAUGAUGAUGGGAUAUCAAAAAAUACUUGACGCCCUUUGAUAAUGUUAUGCCCCAGAGUAGAUAGCAAACCAUAUUAUUUGUUAAAUGUGUAAGUACUUGUAUUUCCCGAAUCCCCAGAAAUGGUAUAUUAAAACCAACCUUCUGUAUCAGUGGUAAAUAUUUAUUUAAAACUAAAACAAUUAUUCACAAGUGGUAUAAAAAAUAUUUGUAGCCAUGUACAUUUUUAUUUAUUGUUUUUAAAAGAUAAUAAAAAAGUCAAUUAAUACCUUUUCGGCACAUUUAAGGAUCGAUCAAUUAAAACUGACAAUCGGCCAGAAGGCGGCCCCUGUUCCGUACCACUGCGUUGCGGUGACGCAGAGCGUUUCCGCUCCUUGUUUUACAUAGGUUUCACGUUAACGUACAUCGAAACACUGCAGUUGUGCCAUAUAAUACUGCGUCGAUCCAUUGACGGAGCGCAACGGAGUAUCGAGACCUCGCUCUAAAAAGACUUUAAAAACAUGUCAAAAAUUUGCUAAACGUGCCAGUUUUAGUUAAUUGAACUGUAAAUCUCAAUCAAUUAUUUUUCUAUGACUUAAUGUUGGUUUAAUAUAAACAUUCAUAACUUAAACAUACACCCAUAGAGAAAAAUGAAAAUUAAUUAAAAAAUGUACCUUUUCAAUUAUAAGUGCUUAUAGAUUUAAUAAAUUGUCAUUUGUGUUGUGAUUGAAUAAAUCUUAAAACCACGUGAUUAAUGUCAUCUCUGUCUUAUAUAUUGAUUGACAGAGAGACAAAAGACUUCUCAAAAAGUCUAUUAAUUGUAUUUAAAAAUAUGAUUAAUGCCAUGAAAAAUAUCACUAUUAUAUAAGUAAUAUCGUACUGUAUUGGCUAAUAAAUAUGAUCGUGAAGAUUGGCACGGCGGUGUGCUGAGCCAAGUUCGAGUGAAAUUGAUAAAAUUUUAAAUGUUUGCUUGUAAUCAGUCAGUACGUGUUAAAAUGUGAAUGAAUUGAUGAUUAUAUUCAGUCAGUAUUCAAAAUACUGCAUGACAACUAGUUUUGUCAACCUAGUGAAAGUAGAAGAUCAUUUUACGUACGAAGCAUAAAAUGCUUAGGUAUAUUGAAUGAAUAUAUUGUAUAGCAUUUGCAAUACUGAUUUAAAUGUUACCUGUGACUGUUAUUGGAGCAAUGGAGGCAACAAAUUACGAAAAAUAUCUAUAAAAUAUCCGUUUUCGAUAUUGCAAAUGUUGUAAAAAGCGAGUUUCAGACAAAAUUUUUUGAUCAAAUUCUGAAACAUACACGCUUGCUUAUAUCAUUGAUUACUAUAUUUAAAUUUAUAGAUAUUGAAUUUCCCUCACGUGUAGUUUCAAUUGAAUAAGUAUAAAAUAUAUUGGUGUAUUUGUAUAUGCUCAUUGUUUGUUAUAUGUUUAAAAAUCACAGUAGAAAAUAUUAAAUAUAUUAUUUUUGUUUAUCGUGAAAAAGAAGUGAUUACCAACAACGUCAAAACUUUAAUUUAUCGCAUGACAAAUGAUAUAUGGUUCUUGUAUUUAAACAACAUUGAGCAAAUACAAUAGUAUUCUAGUAUAGUAGGUUUUAAACCUUGUAGGUGGUAGAUAUUUAUGCAGGUUACAUAACGGGUCAAUACGAAAAAUAGGAAAGAUGUUAAUAUGUUAAGGUCUUUAGGAGAACAAUGAAACUAAUGAUCUAAAUAGUCUCAAUCGCAGGUAACCUGUGUGGAUAUCUUAAUAAAUAAUAAUCUUUAAUUAUCAUAAAUGUUUCUUUGAAUAUGCAAUAAUUUAGGGUUAAUGACCUUUUACGAAAAAUAUACUUAUUCCAAAUUGUUUUCUUAAAAUUAAGUUGAAAUUAAUGAUCGUGUUAGGGUGAUUUGGGUUCUAGACAUUUUAAAUCCUUUAAAUUUAAUAUCGAAAUUUGAAACUAAAUUGUUCAUUCCAUUUAAAUGUGAUCAAAAUUUAUAAACGUUAUUGUGUCCAGUGUUAUUUCAAAAAAAUUUAAAAUUUAUAUGUAGCUAAAUUGGUCUAAUAGACCCGAAGAUCCGUAAAUGUUAUAAACAAUGGCCUAAAAUUUAAUUUUAUCCGUUCCAAUCAUAUGUUAACGGUGAAAGAUUUUUUAUUAUGCAAAUUAUUUCGAGUUUAAGUAUAUAAAUAAUUAACAAAAAUAUUUACUAAAAUAUCUGAGCAAUUGGUAAAGUUCCUCAUUCUUGUGUUUACAAACACUUUAAAUUCAUUUAUUUAUAAUUCAAAACAGAUUUCUUCAUAUUUGUCUAAAAGUCAUAUUGAAUAUUCCGUAAUAAUUACUUAUCUAGAAUAUAUAUAUAUCACUUGCCUGUAAAUAGCUUAAAAUAUAUGUUUUCGCAAUUUAAAAAAUGUGUAAUAGUAUAUACAAAAUAAGUGUAAAAAAGCAAAGAAGUAUAGCACCAAACUGUUUCAUACGUGUAAUAUAGCUAUUUAAAAUCUACUUCCCACCUUUUACAAGCUAAAAUCGGUUAACAUCGGGUGGAAUUAGUCAUAGUGCGGUAGAAACGUUGAGAAAAGCCGAAUUAUAUGUUUACUGGCAACAUCUCUCAAAUCGCGAAUUUAUCGUGUAGUUGUAAUAAAUGCAAUGUUACUUUGUACCUAAAUCAAAGACUGGCGUCGAACACUAAAGUUUUGAUUUUUGCUUUAUUUAUUUUAUUUUGUUUACAUGAAAAUUCAAAAGCUAAUAGAAUUUCUAGAACCAUUGACCGCGGCUGACUGUGAAGCCAAGUCUUAAAAAGAAAUAAUUUUUAAAUCAUUUUCAACAGAUGGUAUGGUGUAUUUGAAGAUAUAAUCUAGUGUUCGAUGCCAAAUUAAACAUCUAGUCAAAGGGGCCGUCGACAAUUUGUAAAUAAUUAAAAAAAAAAACGCGUAGCUAAUCACAGCCCCUAGAAUCAACAUUGCACAAAUAAAUCGACGAAGUAUUACAAAUACAUAAUUUAUAUCAACUUUAUAGCAUUAAGGGAACAAUCUCGCGAUACUGUAUCAAAUACAGUGUUAAAAAGUGCCACUAUGCUAACAAGAUAGGAGAACGUAUUUACCAACGAGUAGAGAUAUAUUUAUAACGAGAGGAUACGUUUUGACGCGAAUGAACAUAUGAACAGACCGACUUGUCUGCCAGAAUAAUUGCUUUAUUUCAUUAUAAAAACGUAUUAUAUGUUGAUGUAAGAUUUCUUUUAAUUUUGAAUCGUAUAUGUUAAUUAAUUUAUGUUUGAAAAUGAAACGUAAGAGUGCAAACUAACCAUUUUGAAAAAAAAAUUUGCAUGACGAAAAUACUAUUGUAUUUAUAUAAAGAAAAUUGACGAGCUGUUAAAUUUUCUUUUGCGGUGGAAAUGUAAGGAUUGUAUAUUAAAAGUUAAAGGCAAUCGUUUAGCGAAGUUUUCACGUUAAGAACUUCUUUACACGUAUAUCUAGUGUGUGAAGCCAAGUUCAACAAUUGACUGAUCAUUUAUUUGGUUUGAAUACUGACGAACGACCGUUUAAAUGAAACUUUGUCACAAAUGCUCCGUCCCCAUCGUACUAUUGCAUUUGAAAUAAUAGACUGAAAUUUCGCACCUCUCUUGGCAACAGCAGAUUCACGAAGUUUUCGUAACAAAAAAACUGGUUGAAUAUGCUUAGAUUUCGGUAGUUAUCAUCUAUAUAAUUUUUUCUCAUGAAUACUAUAUCCAGGCUACAUCAUUUAUGCCUAUGAUGGACAUAAAUUAACUGUAAUUGAUAAUUUUUAUGUAAUUUAAAAAUAAUAAGUCUUCACACAAUCUCUUUACAAAUAAAACAAACAGAAAAAAAUAGGAUUGGUUUGUGAAUGACUACAAAAUUGGAGCUCGUAGUAUCAAAUAUAAAAUGUGCCAAUUACAUUACCGUGGUGACAUAGUUACGUUCAAACUAAUACCAAUGAGUCAUCUUAUAAAAGAAGCUUUAAAUGAUUAAAAAUAACUUUGUUUUAUUGUUUUAUAGACAUCGUUAUAAACAGGAUAUCUCAAAUCAUUGUCACGCACAAAUAUUGUGAUCUAAGUAGAAAUGCAGACACUCAAACACGUUUUCAGAAAAACUUGUAUAAAAUAAUAUUACUGAUGAAACAAAGCCCAGAUUUGGAACUUAGAAUUAAUCCUACUAGACAAAAUAUAUAUGCUUAAUAGCUUUAGGACUAAGUACUCCUUAGGUUUUAGAACUUGUUACAACAAAGUAUAUGAUAAAUAUAAAAACUUAAAAAAUAAUUUCCUUAAAUAUUUUUUAUGACAUUUAUAAGAAGUUCGACGUGAGUGAACUCAUAUAUUUUGUAAGGCAACGAAGAGACUUACCAACAACAUUCCCUGAGACUGAGAAACGAAUAGAAGAGGCUAAGAUCAAAAUGACAACCUAUGAUAAACAUAAAAAUAAAACUAAACUGUAUGAGUAUAAUGAAAUGGUUUCAUUUUGAAUAAAACGAAUGACACUAAUCUCAACUCAAAAUCAUUAUCGCCUCUUGGUUAUCGUUUUCUUUUUUAAACUCUGUUCUAUUAGAAUAUUGAAAAUGUAGUCGAUGUAUUUGUUAUUUUCACAAUACUGUGACGUCUGAAUUUUGAUGAACAUACGCUAAUAGAUUUAACAUGUAUAUUAAUAUUCUAUAGGACAGAGUUAUAAGAGCAAUUUAUACCACCUAAGACUUCAUUAAGGCUGUGAAACAACUCAAAUUCGGUUUGGCAAUUGAUAUGGGAAUACUAAAAUGAACGAAUUUACAUGAUGAAAGGAUGAAUUUGGUAUGGUACUUUCGAUGUUAUAAACAUCCCUCUAAUUUGUAUUAGCAUUUUAAAUACAUUUAUAACAAUCAAAUACAUUUAUAACAUCCAUUUAUGGACAAAUUGUAAUUUAUUUAAAAUUUCGGCUGAACCGAAUUGCCUAGACUUAGAUCAAAAUCGUACUUAUCCAUCGUAUAGUGAUAAAACUGAAGGGAAUGUAAGAAGAGUGAUAUUCUAUGGAGUGAUAACUAAGAACAACAGUGUGCGGUCCACUUAAAAAUAUUUCUGUUUAAGUUAAAAACAUACUUAAAUAAUUGUAAAAGGUUAGUGUAAGUGGACCUUAAUAUUUUAUGAAACAUUUUGAGAGUUUAUUUGCGUUUAAGAUCUGAUAAUAUUUUAUUUUAAAAUUGUUAUUAACUUAUAAAAGACACUACUGUUUGGGUGUUGUAUCUAUUUCUGAUUUGUAGCGAUAAUAUAAUACUGAUAGUGUUCAGAUAAAUUUAUUCAAACUGUACAUGUAAUAUAGUAGUCGAUUGUCAUACUGUCCACUUGGUGAAAAUGUAGCUUUUGCAUUAUACAUUCAUUGAAUAAUGUAUUGUGACAAAAUAUUUCUGUACAAUAUCUGCCUUGAACAGCUUUUAUUACAAGCAACUAUUUUCACUGUCAGAAAUAGAAAUAUUCACUAUCAAAUUAUUUUAUGCGCUGUCAUCAGAUACCUUCGUUGUUUCUAUUUAUUAUAAUACAUAUUAUUCAUAAAUAUAAUACUUAGAGAUUUAUAAAAAGUAUCUUAUACAUAUAAUAUUGAUGUGUACUGAUCAGAUCUACGAUUUCAAAGAUUUGUAUAACUGUAAUUAAUACCUAAAUGUUAAAUAUUUGUGUAUCAAUUUGCAAGUAAAUUAGCUUUCUUUCAGUAAAUUGAUAUUUAGGCCCAUUAUUAUAGUUCUUUUUCAAAAUUAUUCCAGUCUUAAUGUUAUCUGAAAUAUAUCAUGUCAUGAUUAAAUAUAUUCAUAUGUGUAGUACU